AUUUCAUGAAAACAUGACUAUGUACUUUGGGUUGUUGAUCACUAUAAACGUAUAAUUUAUCUUAUUUUCAGGCCUUCCCCGUCUGGAUAGUCGGCUUGCACCGCGUGCUUCCUACAGACGAUCAGCUUGGGCUAGUCGCUGUAGUGUCAUUGGGGCAAGGCGUUGUUCCAGCUUCUUUGUAGUACCCUAUACUCUUACUGGACACACCUCAAUGAGUACAGGUGUUUCCGAGACCGCUCCUUUAAAUGUUAACCCCAACAUACCACCUUUUGCACUCCCCCAAACCCUAAUGGCUUCCUCAAGCUUGCUUCAGACAAGCGUAUCGAAGUUGGCACAAGAAAGUCUGAAAGAAGUGAAACGUUUGCGGGUUUUGGUGACGCGGUUGUUAGUGGCAGUUGAUUCCACAACAGAUGAUACCAGUGAGGAGGAUGCUUAUCAAGGACCCGAUGUUGAUAGUGAAGGUAGACGCGGUGGUACUACGCGUCUCGGUUUGGUUCCAAGUCCCACUGUUACGACUUCGGAUAACAAAUUUCCAUAUUCGGUCAGUCGACCUACCUCUUUCGGUAGGACCAAGGAACUCACCGAGCCGAUGCAUUUACACAAGACGGUAUUACAAAUAAGUGAUGCACUUGACGCCCUGGAUCAACUUGCGAGCCUCAUGCACACCGCUCGUAUGAACACCCGCAUGGGGGAAUUGGGAUUGCAUCAGGCGCUGAGUUUUCUGACGACAGUGGAUCAGCUGGAAUUUGGCGGGAUUUCCUCAUCUACUGAGCUGGGCGACUCCACAGAUCCGAUCGUAUCUGUAGAGCAAGAACCCAGACGAACCAGUUGGCUCCUUGACAGAAGUGAUGCGGAGCGUUGGAGUAACCGUUAUUGGGAAAGGACACAUACUAUCUUGGGUGGACUAUUGACAUGUUCGGUGUUCCGGAGGUCUCAUCUGAACUCUGAUCUCAAACGCCACCGACUAGAUGCUACGACCAGUCGAGACGUGCGAGCUGAUUUGGAACAUUUGCUGAAUGACAUUCAUGCUGCCUGUCCCAAACUGACUAUCACUCUUGUUGACGGUGGAUUCAACUUGAAUGUUGCACACGUCAGGGUAGCUGACAUAUUGCAGUGUUUCGUCACAUUCCGCCGUCUGCAUCCCGAGCGCAUAAUUGUCCGCGGUUUAACGGAGCCAAUGGUGAUCAAACUUGCUGCUGCUACUGGUCCUAAUGUGACAGAUUCAGAACAAGAAAUGUCUUCCAACUCCAUUGAAGAGCUUCUCUCCAAGUGCGACCUGUCUGGAGCCACGAAGGAGACCUUGCUUUCCCUGAUUGGUCCGGACCGAAGUCCGAAAACUGCAUCGGAUGCAAGAGGUAGACGAAGUGGUGGUGCUGCAUCUUACGGACGACCUGUUUUGACCACACAGAUUGGGAUCCAACAACUAGAUCUAGUCACUCCUAGUCGCUUUGCUCUCUUCCAGCGUAUCACCACUCUGGCACAAUGUGCCAUACUGCACUUCUCGAAUGACUAUCAGCCACCUUCCGCAGUUCGUGGUCUGUUUCAUUGGCUUCAUUCCUAUCAUGACUUGUUUACAACACCCUGUGGUCGAUGUGGCCAACUGUUGGGCCAAGAUGUUAGUCUUCCGGUGUGGAGAAGUUAUCCGCAACUACGUAAGGAUGAUAGUCGGUCGAUUGUACCACAGCACGAGCAUUGUCAAGCUGUGACUUAAUGAAUUCCUUGUACCUUGCUUCUGUACAUAAACUGUUCUGAGUUCCCCUUAAACUGACGACUCGGAAUGAUCAAAACGCAUCCACUGAACGAG